CUUGGCUCACUAAGUCGGUCUGAGUUUAGGGAAAGUAGCGGAAGGUUCGGUUCGGUUCGGUUUCUGAGCUUUGUUUGGUAGAAGUUUACAAGAGGAAGUUAAACUUGACCAACAUUUUACAGAAAGUGGAUUUUUUUAUUUUUUUUACCGUCAGGAGAAACUUUCUGAGGCUAAAAAAAAAGGAAACAUGACAGACAAGGAGGACCUUGUCUCUUCUACUGCUCUUUUCCCCGAGGGACACCAUUACGAACCGGAACCAGAUCCGAACCUUGAGCCCAGGCAGGACCACUUCAGUGUGGAUGACAUUGUGGACUUAGUCGGUGGAGCUCAGGACGCCUUGGAGCGACACAUUCAAGAGGCCACCGUGACUUCCACAGAACCAGAAGAGUCUGAAGUCCCAGACUACACGACUCCGGGCUUUGCUUCUGUUCCAGAGGAGGAGUCUGACGUCUUAGCCCCCAAAGCCGAACCGGAGAGUACACGUAUCUUUCCGGAAUCACAACCAGAACCUGCUCCCGAGAGCGACGCCCUCCCUCCUGCUGCGGCCGAACCCCAGAAAACAGCUCCAUCCUCCGCAGAGGCAGAUCAGCAGCCACCAGGCGCGGCUCCAGCGUCGUAUGAACCUUCUUCUUUUAAAGCUCAGCCUUGUCCUUUGAUGCAGUUCCCAACAGACCUUGGGCAGAAGGGUGAUUCCCCUGCUCCCAUCUCUCCCGUCUCCCCUCUGCACUCACCCGACUCUCUGGAAGAGCUUUCUCUGACCGAGAGUCCAAACCAGCCCCCUCCUCAGGGAUCUUCUGCACUCUUGGGCUCUUUUUCCACUGAACAUCCCCCCAAAAUGCUUUGGGAGAGUGAAGAUGACCAUAGUAAAACAGAGGAUGACCACUUGGAUUUGUUAGCUGGCCCUUACUUAAGUUUAGGGAAAGACUCAGGGCCGUAUAAUCCGUGUGAAGACAGUGGUGUUUCUUUUUCACCUGAGGAGAAGCUGAUUAGCUCAGAUAAGUCCUCCGCUGAACCCUCCAGUGUGAACCCCCACACAAAGGUUCCAGAGUCUCACCUUGCCUCCUCUAACACAACAGAGAAUUGGGAUUCAUCAUUCCUGUCAUUGCAAGACAAUUCUAAGGUCUCCAUGGAUUCCUUAACCAAGGACAAAACCACCACUAUAUCCACCAGUUAUGAAGCAGUUCAUGAAAACCAGUCUGAUGAAGAUGAAGACUUAAAGUAUGAGGUGAAGAAGAAGAAUAACCCAUUUGAAGAUUAUUGUCCACUGGCAGAUAGUGGUUACUCCCAUUUUGAGGAACUGAAAUCUGACACCAAGGCCUCCAAAUUGUCAGAGAGUCCUACACCAGAUUUGGUCCAGUAUGGGCAAACUGGAGAAUACCAGGAGAAUCUAUCGUCCAUUUUAGAUGAGGGGAAAGGAUUUGAGACCAGCAACAUGACAAAUGAGUCUCUCAUGCAGUCACUGAAUCAGUUCUCAUCUGGUACCAAAGAUGAAGAUGAAGAGGAGGAAGAAGACUCAGCUGUACCUACAUCACUUCCAGACAUCCUGAAGUCUUUCCCACUCAACCCUGAAAAACAAGAUUCUGGGUCUUCUGAGGGAAGUCCAGAAGAGCAGAGUCCCAUUCUUCAGCGAAGGAUGAUGGAGUCCCCCAACCCUCCAAUCAACCUGUCUGCUAACAACCCCUUUGCUUUUGACACUAAAGUGUCCCUGCUGAAGGAGAUGACAGAGGAAAUGGAGGCAAGGGCAUCCGAAAACGUAAUAGUUGAUGAGAAAAGCAUUGAUGCAUUUGAUCUAGUCAAAGAGGCAGAAGAAACCAGCCCAGUUAAGGAAAAAGAAGAGGAACCUAUCGAGAAGGAACAAAAAGACUGGCUCUCCAGCCAGGAUUCUACCAAGGUUACCAAAACAUUUGAGCCACUUGACUUCCAGAGCAAAAAGACCACCAUUGAAAAUUCUGAUUCUGAGUCACCAACAGCAGAUUCCCUGUCUCCAGUCCUGGAGAUUAUGGCCAAGAAUCCCACCAGCUUCCAGGCAGAAACUGAGAAGGAGGACCAGAAGAUGGAUGUAGAAGAACCAGAAAUGGGAGAGGAGGUCUCUGAGCAUGACGUCUCUGAGGAGUUUGAGUUUAUUGAGAGACCACCCAGAGGUAUCAUUGAUGAGUUUCUUGAAGCCCUGGAUUCUUCCAAAUUUGCCUCCUCCAAGUCUCCAGAGAUUCCCCUAGUUGAUGAUAUGAGCUUUGACCAAAAGGAACCGGCUCCAUCUGCUAUUACUCCUACAAAAGUAACUUCACACCCAGAGUCAAAAAAUGCUUUAAGUCAGAGCCCUUACCCCACUGUCACCCAGGGAUCCCCCCAGAAGACCAAGGCUGAGCUAGAGAAGCCUGAUACCCAGCAACCCCCAACCCAAGCUUCUCCCACCCAUCCACCUGUUGGCGAACCCGAGGUUAUCGCUAAUAUGAGUGUCCAGAGUGGCAAACUUUUGAAGAUGCCAAACCUGAGCAUAAGAGCAGUGGCGGAUCUCCUGUACUGGCGUGAUGUGAAGACGACAGGUGUGGUGUUUGGGGCGAGCUUGCUGCUGCUGCUUUCCCUGACCGUGUGCAGCAUCGUGAGCGUUAGUUCCUAUAUCGGACUGGCACUGCUCUCAGUCACCAUCUGCUUCAGGAUAUACAAAGGCAUUCUGCAGGCCAUCCAGAAGUCAGAUGAAGGGCACCCAUUUAAGCAGUAUCUGGACCAGGAGGUGGCGCUGUCCGAGGACACGGUUCACAAGUACAGCGACAUGGUUCUGGAGAGGCUCAACAAGACCAUCGGUGAACUGAGGCGCCUGUUCCUGGUUGAAGACCUGGUGGACUCCAUCAAGUUUGCCCUACUGAUGUGGAUUCUGACCUACGUCGGUGCCUUUUUCAAUGGCCUCACUAUUCUUAUCCUGGGUUUGAUUGGAGCGUUCAGCUGCCCGAUCAUCUAUGAGAAACACCAGACUCAGAUCGAUCAUUACCUGGCUCUGGUCAAUAAUCAGAUCAAAGAUGUUGUGGGAAAGGUUCAGGCGAAGGUUCCUGGGUUGAAACGCAAAGCAGAGUAAAGGAACAGAAAGUUGAUGUUCGGAUUCAGAGUCCUGAUGAAGAUUGAGGGAAUGGGAGGAGGGGGUGUAACGUUUUAUGGGGAGGGGGUCAGACAUGAAGGAAAAUUAAGGACAAGAGGGAAAGGUCUAAUGUGGAUGUAACCCUUCUUAGAGUAUUUGUCAGAUGAAAAACAAAUUUCCACUUAAGAAUUCCUGUUUUUGUUUUCAGAAAGCCUUCAGAAAGCUCGCUGGCUUUUGUCUGUCCUGUUUUUAUUUUGUUGGAAAAGUUUAAAAUGUUUGUUUCUGAGAGCCAACCAGACUCUGAAAAUCACAUUUCAAACUUCAGUAAGCCCUGCCCCUUUUUAGCCCGGUGCAUUGAGGGAGGCCAAGAGCUCCUCCGGCCGGAUCAAAUCAUUAUGCUGUUUCCUGGAUAGUAGAUUUUUGAUGAGCUAAGAUUAUUUUUUUCUAAAUGUUAUCUUGUGAUUUCUUUUUCUUUUCUUCAUUAUGACUUUCUUGUCGCUGAAGCUUCAAGCUUGCUCUCUCAGUAAGCGGCUUUUGACUUUUUUUUUCUCUCUCUCUCUUUGGGUGUGUGCGUGUUGGGGGGGUUGUACAAAAAUCUUUGCUUCUGAGUAAAUGUAGGAAACAUCAGACAACUCAUUAACCACAUAACAUCAUCUCAUCACCGCUGUCACGUAGAAACUGCAACAUUUACAUUAAUCCAAUAUUUAAAAAAACAGAUGGGAUUUAGAUUAAACUUAACUCUCUGUGAAGCUGAGUUCUUAAUGAAUAGGCUUGAUGUGACUGAGAAACGUUCAAGCAUUUGUUUGUUAUGCAAGUAUAAUUGUGAAUGUUUCAAAUAUUUCAACGGUUGUGAUGAUUAAAAAGCUCCCAGCUGGGAGUUGUGUUUGUGGAAUGCAUUGUGAAGAUGUUAACAGUUAUCAAUAAAGCUACAAAGAAACCUGC